AAAAAUUAAAAUGUCCCAAGCUCCGAGGAUAAUAUUGUAAAUCUAACAAUCUCCUUCCUUACCCGUCAUCAGACCGUUCAAACGUCGCCGUCGUUCUCCGCCCUGCUCGAACCCACCCGAGCAAAACUAGAGAGAGAAAUUACCCAACACUCCCCAACUUCUAGAGAGAGAAAGACUGUGAUAUCUGUACCGCCUCGGCAUCUUUGCUUCAAUUUCUAUCUCUAUCCGUUUGAUUUCUGAAAUUCCAUUUUUCUCAGCAAAUUUCUUACCAGAACCCAAACAUUUAAAAACCCUAAAUCCCGAGGUUUAAUAGUACAAGUCGAUAUUUUGCACUACAAGAAGUAAGAGGUAAGCAAAAUUCAGCUGACAAAUAAUGGUGGGCGCGUCACUGGCCGGGUUGCAGGAUCAUCUGAAAUUGGCCAGAGAAUACGCUCAGGAAGGCCUUUACGAUACUUCAAUCAUCUUCUUCGAUGGCGCCAUUGCUCAGAUCAACAAGCACUUAAAUACAGUUGAUGAUCCAAUGACGCGUUCCAAGUGGAUGAAUGUAAAGAAAGCUAUUUCUGAAGAAACAGAAGUUGUGAAGCAGUUGGAUGCAGAAAAGAGGUCUUUCAAGGAGGUUCCUGUUGGUAGGCGGCCCAAUUCACCACCAAUUUCAACUAAAUCAUCCUUUGUCUUUCAGCCCUUGGAUGAGUAUCCAACUUCGUCUGGUGCUCCAAUGGAUGAUCCUGAUGUAUGGAGGCCACCCAGUCGAGACACAAGUAGAAGGCCAGCAAGAGCUGGUCAAGUAGGAGCAAGGAAGUCUCCACAAGAUGGAACUUGGGCUCGUGGUUCUACAAGAGCAGGAACAACUGGCCGUGGAGGUAAGGCUGGUGGUUCUAGUAAGUCUAAUGCUGGAGUUAGAGCCUCAACUGCAGGGAAGAAAGGCACAGGCACAGGCACAGGCACUGGCACUGGGAAGGCCGGAAAGGCUGAAUCUGUGAAUGGUGAUACUGAAGAUGGAAAGCCAAAGAAGAUACAGUACGAGGGACCUGAUGGAGACUUGGCUGCUAUGCUUGAAAGAGAUGUAUUGGAAACGAGUCCUGGAGUGAGAUGGGAUGAUGUUGCUGGGCUGAGUGAAGCAAAAAGGCUUCUAGAGGAAGCAGUUGUUCUCCCGCUGUGGAUGCCUGAAUAUUUCCAGGGAAUUAGGAGACCGUGGAAGGGUGUCCUUAUGUUUGGCCCCCCUGGUACUGGGAAGACACUUUUGGCUAAAGCAGUUGCUACUGAGUGUGGGACGACAUUUUUCAAUGUUUCUUCUGCUACUUUGGCUUCAAAAUGGCGUGGGGAAAGUGAGCGGAUGGUUCGUUGCUUGUUUGAUCUUGCACGUGCUUAUGCUCCUAGUACAAUUUUCAUUGAUGAGAUUGAUUCGCUUUGCAAUGCUCGGGGGGCUUCAGGGGAGCAUGAGUCAUCUAGGAGAGUCAAGUCUGAACUUCUAGUUCAGGUAGAUGGUGUGAGCAAUUCUUCCACUAAUGAAGAUGGUACUCGCAAAAUUGUCAUGGUUUUAGCAGCUACUAACUUUCCCUGGGACAUAGAUGAGGCAUUGAGGAGGCGUCUCGAAAAGCGUAUAUAUAUUCCUCUUCCAAAUUUUGAGAGCCGUAAGGAGCUUAUAAGGAUCAAUUUGAAAUCUAUCGAGGAUCAGGUAGCUGCAGAUGUGGAUAUUGAUGAAGUAGCCCGAAGAACGGAGGGAUACAGUGGAGAUGAUUUAACAAAUGUUUGUAGGGAUGCAUCUUUAAAUGGCAUGAGGCGUAAGAUAGCGGGGAAGACACGUGAUGAGAUCAAGAACAUGUCAAAGGAUGAGAUUUCUAAAGAUCCUGUUGCCAUGUGCGACUUUUUAGAAGCAUUGACCAAAGUUCAACCAAGUGUUUCUGCUGCAGACAUAGAACGGCACGAGAAGUGGUUCUCAGAAUUUGGAUCAGCCUAGAAGAAUUGAGUUAUUGUGAGUCACUAAUUUUCUUUUGCUUAAGAUUUUGUUGCUUUGGUGUAUCUAUCUGCCGUGCUUUAGCAUUUUGUAACGUAACUGCCUGCUUUCUCAAGUUACUGGGCAAUCACUGCUCCCAAUUCAUCUAUUCUUUAGCUGCCCUUGUUGAUUGUCAUCUUUGGUGGUUGUGUUGUUUUUCUUUAUUUUUUUCUCGCCAAAUAUGUAAGCACCAAAACUAGUUAAUUUGAUUCCAGUAAUUGUAAAUUUUAAAGUUAUAAUUGAGUUCUGGAAAAUGGGUCUCCA